AUGGGUAGUCGAAGUCCUCCGGCGGUGCGGUUCUUCCUGAUCUGCCUCUCUCUCUUCUUCUCUUUCUCUUCUUCCAGUGCGAACUCCAGGUUUCGCGAUGGAUUUGCUUCCUCCUCGCGGAGGUUGGCCGUGGAUCUCAUCAGGGGCCUCAAUCUCCUUCCCGAUGCUGGAGAAGUCGAAACGGAGGUGGAGGCGGAUACCGGUGGCCCUCGACUUGUUGAGAAGAAGCUGAACCUGGAGAUACUGGGGGUGAGUGGAUCAAGCAACUCGAUCGAGGACCUCGGACACCACGCGGGGUACUACCGUCUUGAGCACACCCAUGCUGCUAGGUAAAUUAUCUCUGGUCCGUGGAUGUUGCCCAUAAAAUUACUUCCUUAUAUAGCCAUGCUCUCUCUCUCUCUCUCUCUCUCUCUCUCUCUCUCUCUCUCUCUCUCUCUCUCUCUCUCUCUCUCUCUCUCUCUCUCUCUCUCUCUCGCUCAUGUAUUUAUUUACCAGUGGUAGUUUAUGUGAAACAUCGAAUACUGAUGUUUUCGCCACUGUGGGAAUAAUCUUAUAGGAUUUUAUUUUACUUCAAUUAAACAGUAACUUGACUUUGAUCUAUUCUCAGAUCGGGAAACUGAAUUAUGUUGGGUAGAUCAGGAAGUAUGAUAUUUACCCUUCGAUCUAAAAUUCCACCAAUAGAAAUUAAAAACUUAAAUCAUCGUUGCUUAUCGAGAUAUUUACUGAAAAAUUCUGUUGCUGACAUCCAAAUACCACGAAGGCUUUAUUGAUUUCUAUGGCCUUAUUCUUUAACUUAAUUGUGGGUCUUCGGAUCCAUCUACGGGAGCUCCAAUAUUCCCCUUUUAGUACUGGCUUCAGAUAAUUCAAUUUAAAUAUACUAUCUGAAUGCUUCAACUGUAUAAAAUUGGAUAGAUGAACUGUUUUUCCUGUUCUUUUACUGAGAUAAGUUAUUUUAUCUUGCAGAAUGUUCUAUUUUUUCUUUGAAUCGCGUGGGAGACGUGAUGAUCCUGUUGUUCUUUGGUUGACUGGAGGUCCAGGAUGCAGCAGUGAAUUGGCCCUGUUUUAUGAAAACGGCCCUUUCAGUAUUGCGGACAACAUGUCUCUUAUCUGGAACGAUUACGGAUGGGACAAGGUGCAGAUUGGGAUGGCUGAAAAUUUAUUAUCUGCUAGGUUUUAUUUUCUUUUUUCGUCUUAGACCUAGAGGGAAAAAUACUGCUUGAAUCAUUUUUUUAGGGGAAAUAUAAUGCUGCUAAAAUGCUUUUGUCAAUCGUUACAUGUUCUUGUAGGUAGUAAUACAUUCUACGAUAUCCUUUGAAAUAGGUAGGCAUAUUUUGGAUGAUCUAAUGCUUAUGGAUCGGGUGAUUCUUUCAGGCAUCCAAGAUUAUAUUUGUAGACUAUCCUUUGAAAUAAUUAAGCACAUUUUGUCUGAUCUAAUGCUUAUGGGUCGAGUGAUUCUUUCAGGCAUCCAACAUUAUAUUUGUAGACCAGCCGACAGGAACUGGGUUCAGUUACAGCACAGACGUAAGAGAUCUUCGAUAUAAUGAAAAAGGGGUUGGAGAUGAUAUUUUUGAUUUUCUGCAGGUAAAUGGAAAUUAAUAGAUCAUUCUUUCAUCAUUAUUGAAUUUCCUUGCAUAUUUUUCUCGCCUAAUAGCCUCAAUUCAACCCCCCCCCCCCCCCAACCCCACCUGAUUAUUUUGUUUCCCCUUGAUUCCCAGGCUUUUUUUGAAGCACAUCCAGGCUACUCAAAAAAUGAAUUCUAUGUGACUGGAGAAUCAUAUGCAGGCCACUAUAUACCAGCUGUUGCGGAAAGGAUCCAUAGAGGAAAUAAAGAAAAUCAACGUCUGCACAUAAAUCUAAAGGUAGGCAGUUUGAGCAUGGUUUUUGGAGUGCAGAUAAUCUAGGCUGGUAUGGUGACCCAACUAGCAUAAUCUAACUAGAACAAGACCAGUUUGAGUAUGAGAUUCACCCACUACUGAACCAAGAGGUUAACAAGUCAACGUGUGGUCCAGGUUGACCAUGUAUUGUUGGUAACGCCAAAAUUCUCUCAUUAAAUGCUGUAAAUUUUAAUUUCUUCGUUCUUGCCUACAGGGCUUUGCGAUUGGUAAUGGACUCACAAAUCCAGGAAUCCAGUACAGAGCAUAUCCUGAUUACGCACUGGAGAUGGGUAUAAUCAAGCAGGACGAGUACAAUAGAAUCAACAAGAUCGUACCUGUAUGCGAAUUGGCAACAAAAUUUUGCGGUAAUAUAAAAUUUUCUUGCCGUUUCUCACAUGUUCGAAGGAUUUUUAGUCUUUUAAAAAGGGUGGACAGAAUUUCUACUAUAUGAAUUGCCUGAACUGCCAUUCAACUCGGCCAGGUUCUUCUGGAGCGCUUGGAUGUCUUGCUUCCUUGUUCAUCUGCAACUCGAUUUUCAACUCUAUUCUACUCACUGCCGGAGACAUAAAUGUAAGUUUCCCUCCUCCACCGGAAGAUUUAGAGCGCCGUCGCCUGCGCUGUUCCUGCGCUCAUAUCUCUUCCGGCAUCUGUGGGUUCGCUUUGCAGUAUUAUGAUGUCAGAAAGAAAUGUGAGGGAAACCUCUGCUACGACUUCUCGAACAUGGAUAAGUUUCUGAAUCUGAAGCCUGUGAGGGGCGCGCUCGGAGUUGGCGAGAGGAAAUUUGUGUCUUGCAGCCCCGUCGUUUAUGAGGCCAUGCUCACAGACUGGAUGAAGAACCUGGAAGUGGGCAUUCCUGCCCUAAUCGAGGAUAACAUCAAGCUUCUGGUCUACGCUGGAGAAUAUGAUCUCAUAUGCAACUGGUUAGGUAAAUCCUCCGUUUCUCUACCCUUAUUAGUAGCUUCCUUCUUGGUAUUCUACCCCAGGAUGAAAUCUUCAUACACGUUUUUUGCGAAUUGCUUUUUUUUUUUUCUUGGGAUGAGAUAAUUUAUUUCAAUUCAAAUAAAUUGUUAUUUCAUUACAAAAAAAUUAAAUAACCAUUUCUGCUUCCGCUCCGAUGAUCCUGAAUUCUAGUGUUUUACGAGACUAUGCCUCCUUGUACUAUUCGUUGACUUUUUAUGUUCUUAUUAUCUCGAAUGUUCUUAAAAUCGGUGGCUGCGUGUGAUAAAAAAAUCCGACAAAAUUGACCCAUGUGGACCGAAUCUGUCUCACAGGGAACUACAGGUGGGUCGACUCCAUGGAAUGGUCAGGUCAACCGGCGUUCGCGGAGGCUCGGAAUGUAUCAUUCAACGUGGAUGGCAAAGAGGCCGGCAGGAUGAAAACCUACGGCUCACUCACCUUCCUCAAGGUGAGAUUCCUUCGCUUCUCUUCACACUUUGGUUGGAUUGACUCUACCGACAAAUGAGCCAGGGAUGACGGAGGAUGGUUCACUUUAGUCCUGCACCCAAUGGACUUCUAGCUAACCCUCAAAAAGUCCACCUGCUGGCUUUGCUCAUCACAAGGCCACCUCUUCUUCUGUCAGGUACACGACGCUGGCCACAUGGUUCCGAUGGACCAGCCCAAGGCGGCGCUGGAGAUGCUGAAGAGGUGGAUGAAGGGAACCCUACUCGAAGGGGAUGGCGAGCCUGCAGCCGCCGCCAUGUAG